ACUCUACAGUCAAUUUGUUCUCGUGAGUGUUGAUAACUGGUGUUAUGAUUUUAUUCUGUGGAUGAAUUUUCGAAGUGUUCGGUAACUCCCUUAAAAUAGGAUGUUUGACUAUCAAAAUGAAGACAUAAUAUCGAUCCAGGCCAACUCUCUUGAUAUAGCUAAAUUUCUGAAAAAUCAUGGCAUUUCUGAUUCAAUCAUUGACAUUUUCACUAAGAACACAAUCGAUGGAUUGUCAUUUUGUCUGUUAACUGAGAAAGACUUAUGUGAAAUGGACAUCAAAGAGGUUGGUGUUAGAAAACGUAUCAUGUAUUUAUGUUGCUUCUGGCGUCACCAAAUUGAAAAUCAUAAUUAUGGAGAAUAUACUUUCCCAAGAUUACCAAGUGAGAAUUCUGUGGUUGAUCUGCUAUGCUGCCAUAAUCCUAAAUUGGAUAAUAUGGAACAAGAUGUAUCCAGAUUAAAUGGAAAUGAUAAUGUGGAGUGUAUAGCAGACAGUACUUUUUUAAAUGAUUACGAUUACGGAAUAGAUGAAGACAAUACAAAUUUCUGGAAAUUUAUAACCAGUUGUUUGUAUUUCAUUUUUGCUACAUUUGUUACAGCAUUUGUUAUAGUUUCGGUCCAUGAACGUUUACCUGUUACAUCGAAAUAUCCUCCGUUACCAGAUAUUUUUCUAGAUAAUCUUCCUCAUAUCAGUUGGGGGUUUAUUGCAGCAGAAGUGGUUAUCAUUGUACUGUUUAUGAUUUGGCUAACUAUUUUAUUUCUACAUAAAUAUCGGUGGAUACUUUUACGUCGUUUUUUUGUGCUUAUGGGCACGAUAUUUUUAUUAAGAUCAAUUACUAUGUCGAUAACUUCACUAAGUGUCCCUGGAGUGCAUUUAACAGAUCAAUGUAGCCCAUAUAUAAUAAAAAAUUAUACAGAACGCUUCAAACGUGCAUUAGAAAUAUGGAUAGGUUGUGGUUUAUACAUUACGGGAUUACGCACUUGUGGUGAUUAUCUAUUUAGUGGUCAUACAACAUGUCUUACUCUUCUUAACUUUUUCAUUAGUGAAUAUUCACCACGAAGAUUUUAUCUUUUGCAUACAUUUACAUGGGUUCUGAAUCUUUUCGGUGUAUUUUUCAUACUUGCUUGUCAUGAACAUUAUUCUAUUGAUGUAUUCAUUGCUAUAUAUAUUUCAUCAAGAUUAUUUCUAUACUAUCAUUGCCUUGCUAAUAAUAAUUUAUUACAUCAACCAGAUAAUGAACGUUUAAGAAUGUGGUUCCCAUUAUUUUCAUUUUUUGAACAUGAUGUACGAUCAGUUGUACCGAACGUAUAUGAAAUACCCUUUAAAGAUUAUUACAACGAUAAAUUUAAUCGUAAUAACAAUAAUAAUAACGGGAGCAGAAGCAGCGGCAGUAGUAUCCAUACCAAUGGUAACAGUAGUUGUAGCAGUAAUGCAACUGGUAAUUACAAUCAAAAUUACGGUAAAAGGCAAUUGGAUCAUGUUCGUCGUAAAUCUACACGUUGUCUGCUACGUACCUAUCAUAAUACUAACAAUCAUGAGUAUUCAACUUGCAAUCACAUAACACAAACAUUAGGAAAUACAUUCAUUACAAAACGUUGUGAGAUUUUUAGUAAAAAAGAAUCUUAGUGAUAUUUUUUUAUUUCCAAUACUUCUCAACUUUUACAUAAUUACUUGAAAAUUUUAUCAUUUUCUUGUGAAAAUAUUUUACUGUGAUGAACAAUGAGUGAGUGCAUUGUGUCAAGUAUUUCAAAAUUAGUUAUCUUUUGUUUAACAAGUAAUUUGUAAACAUGUGAUUAAUGUACCCAUUUUCUUAAUAUAUAUAUAAUGUACGGAUAGAUCAAUCUUGUCUUCUUUUAUAAAUUGUUCAUGUGUAAAAAAGUUGCAGUUUUCCAAAAAUGUCCAGUUGUUAGUUUUCGGAAAAAAAACAGUUUGGAGAAAUAUUUUGUGUGAUGAAACUAAUUGUCUUUAGAGCAAAUAUUCAGACCAUUCAGGGUCUAAAUUAUGUAUAGUUAGUUAUGAUGGAAGAUAAAACUUCCCUGUAAUUUUGUUUUUAAAAAGAAAAAUGUUCCAAACCAUAAUAUCAUUUUAUCUACGUGAUAUUAAACGAUUGUGUAAGUUAUAAAAACAGUAGUUGAACA